AUGAGCCUUGCCCAAUCCUGUGGUCCUCCUGCUCCAGGAAAUCUGCAAAGGCCGUCGGAAGGCCCGGCAGAAGCGGCGGUUGCGAAAGGGGCGCGCGAGGGGGAGGCAGCGGAAUGCGACGGUGGCGAACCGGAGCUGUUAGGACUAGAGGCGGAGGAAGGGAUAGUCGUUUCCUGGUCUUUAAAUAGCGACGCUGCGGGGCGGGGGAACGGCGGAGCGACGUGCGCGUCCGCGGAGGGAGCGGAAUGGGCGGAGGGGGUGGCGGGGGAGGAUCGCAUGCAGGUGGUGGCCUCGGGUAACGGCUACGUGUUUUCCGCCGUGUAUGACGGGUUCACCGACACGUCAGCAGCCGAUUUUCUUGUCGCUAAUCUGCACGCGCGCUUCGCCCAGCAAUUAGUCGCCUGCGGGUUGGAUUUUGGAGAGGCAAACUCAAAUACCUCUCAUGCCGCGGCGGAAAGCGCGAAAGGAGGAGCGAAUGGUAGAGCGGCUGGAGCUGGCCGUGGCGGGCGCGUGGUGGCCGUGGUGGCCGGGCGCGAGCUGUACGUUAUGAACCUCGGGGACUGCCGCGCCGUGGUCGUCGCGGAGGACGGGCAGGCGGGGCAGGCUGGGGAGGGGAGGGACGGGGGAGAGAUGGGAGAGGGGGCGGAAGCGGAGGGGGAAGGGCGGAAGAAGCUGGCGGAGUUGCGGGCGACUCAGCUGACGGAGGACCAUAACACGAGCAACGAGAAGGAGGUGGAGAGGUUGAGGAGGGAGAGGGCGGACGAUCCGGACGCCAUCACAAAGAUGCGAGUCAAGGGCAAGCUCAAGGCCACCAGGGCGUUUGGUGCCGCCUACCUCAAGAAUCCUCGAGUCAACGCGAUGCUCCUCGGCAUGCUGCGAGUGCAGUACGUGGGGUCUCAGCCCUACCUCUCCUCGUCUCCACACCUCCACCACCUCACUCUCUCCCCCUCCCAUCGCUACCUCGUCCUCUCCUCCGAUGGCCUUUACCAACACAUGACUCCUGCCGACGCUGCUGCCUCUGUGUCGCGUGCACUGGCUACUUCGGCUGAAGCUUCUGGCGCUGGUAGCACUGGUGCCGAGGGUGGUUGUGGGAGCUCGUAUAAGGGCGCUUGUGGGCCAAAUCUUUCGCAUGCGCUUGUGCAAGAGGCGCUUGAUCGAGCUGCAAGAAGAGCAGGUGGGUGUUUGGAGCUUGUCCAUGCUUUGUUGCCUCCGUGCAUGAGUGGGUUGGGUUGUUGUGGUGGUUAUGCGUCACCUGUCUGA